AGGAAAUGAGCACUGGCAACAACUCCAACGUGGUUUUAUAUGGUGAAGAUGGUCAACCUAUACAUGUAGAAUUAGUUACAGACUACCAUAACAGCAACAAAGAUCAUCUAGGACAUGAUUCCCAAGUGAACAGUAAUCCUGGUUGUCAUGGAAACGCAGAUCAUCAACUGACAGAUGCAGGUGAAACUUUUCAGCAAUCAAGUGAUAAAGAGAACCAGGCAGGUGAUGAUGGGUCCAAACUCCUGACAGAAACUGCUAUUACUUGUGAUAUGACUGAGCAUCACCUAACUAGUGGUCUACAAGAUGUACAGAUGGUUGCUGGGUCCAAUGGACAGAUGCAGGUUCUGCAGGUCCCUCAAGGAAUGCAGGUUGUACCGCUGAAUCAGCUUCCUAAUCAAGGACACACAGAUGGAGAUUCUGGGGAACAACCUUUUUUCGUUAAUGCCAAACAAUACAAUCGUAUCCUGAAACGCCGUGAAGCAAGAGCAAAGUUAGAAGCACAGGGCAGAAUACCUAAAACUCGACAAAAAUACAUGUAUGAAUCUAGGAGGAAACAUGCGCUGAACAGACCAAGACAACAUGGACAAUUUGGAACUAAAAAGACUGAGACAUUAUGAUAUUCAAGUGAUAAAAAAAUUGAAGUGUCAUGAAUCUGUUUACAGCAAAUGACUC